UAUUGUUAACUAUUUUAGUAGUAUAAGUAUAUAAAUAUUAAACAAAAUGAGCAUAUAAAAGAAUUUGCUGUGAUGGACACAGUUGACGAUGAUGGAGGUGUCGGUAUCAUUGGACCAGGGCAGUUAAUGUCUGAAGGUUUAGAAUUUCCUGAAGAAGUUGAAGUGGCAUUAAAAGAGGUUGUCACUACUUCUGAUCCAUUAGAUGGCAAAGAUUUUAAUCCUGUGGAUUACAUAAACACGUUGUUUCCAACAGAACAGUCACUGGCAAAUAUUGAUGAUGUUGUAGCACGGAUACGCUUGCGUAUUCGCAAACUUGAUGAUGAAAUUCGCACAUCAAUACGAAGUCAAACAGAUGUUGAAAGUAACGGUAAACAGGCACUAGAAGAUGCGAAAGAAUCUAUUCACGAAGUGUUUUCUAAAAUUAAAGAUAUCAAAGAAAAAGCAGAUAAAUCGGAAGAAAUGGUCAAAGAAAUUACACGAGACAUAAAACAACUGGAUCAUGGUAAACGACAUCUGACGUCAUCAAUAACAACGUUAAAUCAUUUGCACAUGCUGGUUGGUGGUGUUGAUUCACUGGCUGUGCUGACAAAAAAUCGUCAAUAUGGCGAAAUAGCAAAUUUAUUACAAGGUGUUGUUAACGUGCUUGAUCAUUUUAAAAAAUACACAAGUAUCCCACAGAUCAAACAAUUAGCUGACAGAGUUCAUAUUAUCCAAGCCGAUUUAGGUUCACAAAUCCUUGCUGAUUUUAAAGAAAGUUUAUCACAUCCAGAACUCAAGCCUCCAGCUGGUCCAAACUCACUGCUUGCAGAUUCGUGCAAAGUCGUAAACGUGUUAGAUCCCAAAAUUAAAGAUGAAUUACUGUCGUGGUUCAUCAAACUUCAAUUGUCUGACUACCUAAAUAUAUUUAAUGAGAGCUUUGAUGUUGCUUGGAUUGACAAGAUAGAUCGCAGAUACUCGUGGAUGAAAAGAAUUCUGAUCCAAUUCGAAGAAAACUUCUCUGCCACAUUUCCUGAUGAGUGGGCCACUGAGGAGCGGAUUUGUGUGGAAUUUUGUAACAUAACCAAGAGAGAACUAGAGAAAAUAAUGGUUCAAAAAUCAAACGAAAUUGAUGUCAAGUUACUCCUGUUUGCGAUACAAAGAACGACAACUUUUGAAGCUUUUCUUGCCAAACGAUUUGCAUACAGUCAUUUAAAAGGGGCGAAGGAAAGUCCUGGUGAAUCUCAUUUCAAUGGAUUAAUAUGCAAAAGUUUUGAGAGCCAUCUACAUGUAUAUAUCGAAGCUCAGGACAGAAACCUUGCAGACUUAAUCGAAAAGUUUAUAGCUGAUUUGAAAAUUCAGGGUGUUCCCAAGCUAGGUGAGGACACUGAAGGAACCGUACUUCCAAGUGCUGGAGAAUUGUUUGUGUUUUAUAAGAAGUGCAUGGUUCAGUGUAUCCAGUUAAGCACGGGUAAAGCCUUGUUGUCAUUGACAGAUACGUUCAAGAAAUAUUUGACGGAAUAUUCGAAUAAGUUAUUGACUGGAAAUUUGCCCAAAGUCUCUUCAAGUGGAUUGGCAAGUAUACUAAAAGAUUCCGAUGUUAAGUUUAACGAAGAAGAGAAGCGAUUAAUAUGUUGUAUCUUAACUACAGCCGAGUAUUGUCAAGAAACCACACAGCAGCUACAAGAUAAGCUUCAAGAAAAAAUCGAAGCUAAAUUUACAGAGAAAGUGGAUAUGAGUACAGAACAAGAUUUGUUUCAUUCAGUAAUAUCAAGUUCUAUUCAGCUGCUGGUACAAGAUUUAGAAAAUGCUUGUGAGCCACCACUCGUUGCUAUGGUUAAGGUACAUUGGCAAAGUAUAGAAUCAGUAGGCGAUCAAAGUGGAUAUGUAACCGCUAUUGUGUCUCACUUGCGCCAGACCAUUCCUGUUAUUCGCGACAAUUUGUAUUCAUCUCGCAAAUAUUUUACUCAAUUUUGCAUCAAAUUCGUAAAUUCUUUCAUUCCUCGAUUCAUCAAUAAUAUAUAUAAAUGCAAACCUCUGUCAGCUGUUGGAGCCGAACAGUUGCUGCUGGAUACUCAUUCAAUCAAAACAGCAUUGCUUGACUUGCCUUUGCUUGGCUCAGCUGUCCAAAGAAAACCUGCCGCUAGUUUCACUAAAGUUGUAAUAAAGGGAAUGUCGAAAGCAGAAAUGAUUUUAAAGGUUGUCAUGUCGCCUCAUAACCCUCAAGCAAGUUUUGUUGACAGUUAUAUUAAACUACUUAAUGAUGCUGACACUUCAAAUUUCCAAAAACUCCUCGAUAUGAAGGGCUUAAGGCGCAGUGAGCAACACGGCAUGCUGGAUAUAUUUCGUUCGCGAAUGGCAUCGUCAGCGACAACUGGCGACGUUGUCAGGGAGACAGCUGUAGUGACGGACUCGAGUCGAAUUAAAAGACUUGAAAAGCUAAUCAAAAAACAAUUCUAACGGAUGUAAUUCAUUUCGUCUUAGUAAAUAAAUAUUUUUUUUACUGUA